CUCAUUCGCAUUUUUGGCGGGGUAUUAAUUUUUUAGUCUCCGUCUCUUCACAAUCCAUUGACUUCAAAUUCUAUUCCAUAGAUUUCUGCCUUUCGCGCUAGCCACAGUUCGUCAAGAUGAGUAUUAACUUUCCGCAGGCAGAGGAAGAGAUUGUGCGCUUCUGGCGUGAGGUUGAUGCCUUUCAAACCCAACUCAGACUCACCGAAGGACGUCAGCGCUUCACCUUCUACGAUGGUCCCCCGUUCGCGACUGGCCUCCCGCAUUAUGGCCAUCUCCUUACCUCCACAAUCAAGGACAUCAUACCUCGGUACUGGUCCAUGAAGGGCUAUCAUGUUGUUCGACGGUUUGGUUGGGAUACUCACGGUCUACCCAUCGAAUACGAGAUCGACAAGACAUUGGGUGUCUCUGGCCGUGAUGCCGUCUUGAAGAUGGGUAUCGAGAAAUACAAUGCGGAAUGUCGAGCAAUCGUCAUGAGAUAUGCGGCAGAGUGGCGACAGACAAUUGAGCGUCUGGGUCGAUGGAUAGAUUUCGACAACGACUAUAAAUCCAUGGAUGUCAAGUUCAUGGAAUCUUGCUGGUGGGUCUUUAAGCAGCUUUUCGACAAGGACCAGGUCUACCGCGCCUACCAGAUCAUGCCCUUUUCGACCGCCCUCUGCACUCCCUUAAGCCAUAUGGAAUCCAAGCAAAACGAGAAGACGACUCAAGAUCCGGCACUCUUAGUAGCUUUCCCAGUUAAAGGCAGGGCUUCUUCCCUGAUCAUUUACACGACGACGCCCUGGACUCUGCCGUCUAACCUCCUCAUUGCCGUCCACCCCGAGUUUGAGUAUGUCGAGAUUCUUGACGAGGCUUCAAGCAAGCAAUAUAUCCUCUUAGAAAGUGGGCUUUCUAUGCUCUACAAGGACAAGAAGAAGGCGAAGUACAAGAUCUUGGGAAAGCUCAAGGGAAAGGAGAUGAUUGGCUGGAAAUAUGAGCCCUUGUUCCACUAUUUUGCCGACCAGUUUGCCGACUGUUUCCAAGUCAUAGGUGCCGACUAUGUUGAAGCAGACGAAGGUACUGGCCUCGUACACCAAGCUCCCGCGUUUGGUCAGGAGGAUUACGAUGCAGCGGUCGCUGCUGGUUUCAUACACCCCAAGCGCUUGCCCCCGUGCCCCGUGGAUGAUAAGGGUCUUUUUACUGCGGAGGUGACUGAUUAUGCUGGGCAACAUGUUAAGACCGCGGACAAGGCGAUCGUAAAGGAUCUCAAGGAAACCGGCCGUCUCUUGCUUGCCACGCAAGUAUCCCACGUGGACAAGUUCUGCUGGCGGUCCGAUACACAACUCAUCCGAAAGGCUGUUUCUUCUUGGUUUAUCCGGGUUACUAACUCCAUACCGGACAUGCUCUCCAACCUCGAGUCGACUACCUGGGUCCCUUCCUUUGUAAAGGAGAAGCGGUUUGCAAACUGGGUCGCCAAUGCACACGACUGGAAUAUUGCUCGAAAUCGAUAUUGGGGCACACCACUUCCACUGUGGGUUAGCGAGGAUUACGAGGAAGUUGUUUGCGUGGGAAGUAUUGCCGAGCUUAAAGAAUUGAGCGGUUAUACCGGCACUCUAGACGAUAUUCAUCGAGACAAGAUCGACGGGAUCACCAUCCCCUCCAAAAAGGGGAAGGGACAACUUCGUCGCGUCGACGAAGUCUUCGAUUGCUGGUUUGAAUCUGGAAGCAUGCCUUACGCGUCUAACCAUUAUCCCUUUGAAAAUUCGGAUGGCUUUCAAGAUGGAAAUUUCCCUGCGGAUUUCAUUGCCGAGGGACUUGACCAAACUCGUGGUUGGUUUUACACAUUAAGCGUUCUAGGAAAUAAGCUUUUCGGCGUUUCGCCGUUCAAGGCAGUUAUCGUCAAUGGCUUGGUGUUAGCUGAAGAUGGCAAGAAGAUGUCCAAAAGCCUGAAGAACUACCCUGAUCCUAAAAACGUCAUCGAUCAGUAUGGAUCUGAUGCACUCCGGCUUUAUCUCAUCAACUCCCCGGUUGUCCGCGGUGAACCUUUACGGUUCAAGGAGUCAGGAGUCAAGGAGAUAAUUGCCAAGGUACUUUUGCCCUUAUGGAACAGUUAUCGUUUCUUCUACGAGCAGACGGUCCUGUUCAAGAAGAUGACUGGAGAGGAUUUUGUUGCCCAGUUCCCGGAGACGACGAACGUCAUGGAUCGGUGGAUUCUUGCAGACUGCCAGAGCAUGCUGCAGUUCAUCGACCAGGAGAUGGCGGGUUACCGGCUAUACACUGUCGUGCCUCGUCUACUUCAGGUUAUUGAUAACCUGACGAAUUGGUAUAUUCGUUUCAAUCGCAAGAGACUUAAGGGCGCUGCUGGUCUUGAAGUUAAGGAUACUAAAGCGGCUCUGGACACGCUAUGUCAAGUGUUAUUUACGCUAGUACGGGCCUUAGCACCCUUCACCCCAUUCAUUACGGAGCAUAUCUACCGUCUUCUACGCCCAUACCUCGGCGAAGCACUCUCGGGGUUCUCCGAUACCAAGAGCGUGCAUUUUCUCGCAUUCCCGACCGCACAAGAAUCGCUCUUCGACGAGGUAAUCCAAAGGAAAGUCUCUGCCAUGCAGAAGGUGAUCCAGCUUGCAAGAACAGCUAGGGAGCGCAAGACCAUUCCAUUGAAGACGCCUCUGCUCACCCUGGUUGUCAUUGCCGACGCGCAGCAGCUCAGCGAUAUCGAAGAACUACAGACGUACGUUAAAGAGGAACUCAACGUCAGGGACAUAGUCCUAACGAAUGACGAGGAGCGUUACGGCAUUCACCUCGAGGCCCGAGUAGAUUGGCCGAUUUUAGGCAAGAAGUUGAAGCGAGAUGCUCAAGUCGUCCGUAAAGCUUUACCGGACCUUACACAAGAACAGCUUAGACAUUACUUGAAAGACAAGAGAAUAACCAUCCAGGGGAUCGAGCUCGAGGGUAAUGACCUUAGCAUUGUGCGAGUCGUAGCUAAGGACAACCCGAACAUCGUGAAGGAUGAGGGGGUCCAGUACGAACCAGCCUUUUCAGACGACAUGAUCAUCCUCUUGGAUACAGCAUCGCAUCCGGAACUUAUCGACGAUGGAAUCGCCCGUGAUGUGAUGACGCGUGUGCAGAAGAUGCGCAAGACGGCCGGGCUAGUUCCAACCGAUGACGUCCGUAUGCAGUACAGCGUCGUUUCUAAUCCCGAUGACAUACAAUUCGAGACAUUAGUAUCCUCUCGAAAAACCCAGUUCGAGAAUACCGUACGUGGUCCACUAGAACCCUUUUCGCCAACUGAAGGGGUAGCAGAAACCGUCAUACUGCAGGAGGAACACGUCAUCAGUAAUCUGACGUUAUCACUGAGGUUGUGUCGUGUUUGAUGAGGCCAUCUAUCUACGCGACAGAUUAUAGAGUCCUAAGGCGCGACUACGUCAAACAAAAGCCAAGCGUGGUUGAAAAGCUAGUAGGCGAGUCGUUAUGAUACGUGCGAGUCCGGUUGCAACAAAUUAUGUUGCCAGGAAGGUCAACGUGUAUGAUCCCAGUCCUCGCGUUAGACGCCUCGCGGGUAGAGCGUCCUUGCCAUCGUGCAGGUAGCUCAUAGCUAGUUGAAUUACUAGAUUUCGAACAAAUUCCUCCUGGCUGAGUUAGCUCUCCAUUACUUCCUUAUGUGCGCCAACGCUACGUGCUCAAGUAUAUUUGGAAAGUAGUUUCUGUACUGGAGUAUAUAAUAUUGGUUAGGGCCUAAGUGAGAUUCUAUCCGCAAAAUGCCUACUGAGGCUUAUAAUUGGCUCCCCCUUGCCCUAUUGUGAUCUUCUUAGUGAAUCCGCGAAGUCAUCUGAUCUUGACACUGUAAAAGCUGAAUACCUCAUUGUCUACUAUGUCGAUGUCCGCAUCCUCAUCACACAUUUUGAAACUGUGUGUAAAGGCUAGAUAAAUACGUGGAUAAACUUUUAGAUAAAUUCCAAAGAAUUCUGAUCUG